AUGGGCAAGGUUGGCGGCGAGGCUGGCAAGACGGGCAAGACGGACAAGUCUGGUGGCAAGGCUGGAAAGACACCGAAGGGGAAGGACUCCAGGACGAAAGGCACUGAUCGAGACGGUGUUAAAGCUGGACAUGGGAUGCCCUCGCGCCAGCAUUCGAAUCAUUUCGGCGCCGAGUGCGGUUACUGCGGCGAGUGGGGUCACGGGGGCCAGGGCUGCAGGAAGACGAAGGCCGACGACGCGAAGAAGUCCCAGGGCGGAAGGGGGCACGCGGGCGCGGCGUGUGCAGCGUUGGGCAUCCACGGCGGCGAGCCUGACGGCCUGGCGUUCACAGUUUCGGCGGCCUCAGACGGGCAGGCGGCGAAGGCCGGCGGUUCCAUCCUGAUCGACGGCGGCAGCGGCGACCACCUGUGCAGGCCGCUGCCCACGGCAGGCCUACGAGGAGUCGAGAUGAGGAUGCAGGGGGGCAUCAGGGCGACGGCGGACUUCCUCGUCGCCGACGUGAAUGACGACCUGCUGAGCGUGGGCAAGUUGCUCAGGCAGGGCCCCAGGUUCAACCUCAGCCUGGAGGACGGGCUGUACAUGGCGAAGGGCCAUCGCAGCCUGCAGUUGGAGCUUGAGCGGAACAGCCUCGGGCUUCCGAUCGUGUCCGCGGGGCCCGUUGAGGUGGGUCGCUGCCGAGGUGCGGCUGAGCAGCCAGCGACGGCGCCAGUUCUCCAUGCGGACAGCUCGGUCGGCGCGCUCGGGACAAGGCUGAGGGGGCUGUUCAUGCCUAUCUAUGGCACCGAGCAGGGGCUGCGGAAACGGCUCAUAGCGGCAGAGGCGGCGCAUCGACGCGCAGAGGCAGAGAGGGCGCGCGAGGAGGCAGUCAAGGAGCAUAUGGGUAUUCAGCACGACCCAGUCGAGGCGAAGCAGCUCCCCAUGGCGAAGACCGCGAGCGCGGGCGGCGACCUUGCGCAGGUUGAGGACGCGUAUGCGACGAUGCCCGUGGCGUUCAGCUCGGACAUUGGAGUGGUGAAGGCCACCCCAUGCCCCUCCCUUCGAAUACAGCCCCCCCCAUGCGCGGUGGCGGGCGCGAAAUCCUUCGCGCAGCGGCUCGAGGGCGGCGCGUGCAGCGUCGGGGCAGACGCCGAGCCUGCGUCUAAGGCCACCGUCGGCGGGCGUGUCAGCCAGUUCGCAGGCAAGGUCGCGCCAGAGCUGACCCCGAAGCACAGCAGCCAGUUGAACCAAGCGGAGGCAGCGGUGAAGAUCGUUGAGGGCCAGACGCGGGUUCUCAGGCUGGACCUCGAGAAGCGAUGCGGCAUCAAAGUGACCGCAGCGAAGCCGUUCUGGGCCUGGACGACGCGAU